UUUUUGGCCACUCAAACAUGGAAAAGUUGAACUGACAGCGCAGAACCAACUCGGCACUCUGAAUUGGACGAUAGGUAGGCUAGGCCUAUCAUACCGCCACCGGGGAUUGUUUUUGUGGAGAGAUCGAUUUUGGGAAUCACUGUCUACGUGCGCAACUGAAGUUUUAUUUUAUGGGUUUUGAUUUAGGCUGCUGUGCAAUAGUAUGAAUUUUUGUGUUUGACGUUUGCUCUGGGGAGUAAAAGGAGUGCUGAACAUUAAUAUUUUAACCAAAUGGAUUAUGUUCAUUUUGCGCAAAAGCCCUUAUAAGAAGUUGUUUUGCUGUAAUGUCCUGGAUAUGUUUUGGCAGUAUACCUUGCUAAGUGAGUGAUGAUUGAUUUGGAUAUGUCAGGUCCGCUGAGCGCUCAUCCGCACACUCCAUCAUUCCUGGACUGGGGAAAGUAAGAAACCACCUGUUGUGAAUGCUGUCUGGAACUUCCCACGGAUAUACCGCGGCUGCUAAAACAAGACAUUGGAAAGGCGCGCGCAGAACUCGUUUUGUAUUCAUGGGACAGGCUAAUAGUCCUAAUUUAAUGGAUUUGUAUUCCUUUUAGUUAAUUAUGUUGCCAUGGUGGCGCGGGUUAAGAUGAGGAGUCCUGUCUUGGCCACCAGUUGCUGUUGCGCUCAGAAUGGCUCGCGAGGACGCGGUGAGGUGCCUGCGCUGCCUGCUCUACGCUCUCAAUUUACUCUUCUGGGUAAGAGAAGCGAGAGACCCCCGAGCAGGUGGCCGGGUAGGGCCCGCGCUCACGCUACACAAUGCAGCCAACUUUAUAGUCCCCCCCUUCCCCCCUACCAUCCAUCCACCCCAACGCGUGCCUCCAAGCCACAGUGCCCGCGCCAGGGUUACUGAUAUUGAUCAUAAUGGCGGUUACUUUAUAAAUAGGCCUGCACCAUACAUUUUCUUAUAGAAAAACAAAUGUGCAAAUUGCAUCCAAAGUACAGUGAGGGAAAAAAGUAUUUGAUCCCCUGCUGAUUUUGUACGUUUGCCCACUGACAAAGACAAGGUCAGUCUAUAAUUUUAAUGGUAGAUUUAUUUGAACAGUGAGAGACAGAAUAACAACAAAAAAAUCCAGAAAAAUGCAUGUCAAAAAUGUUAUAAAUUGAUUUGCAUUUUAAUGAGGGAAAUAAGUAUUUGACCCCUCUGCAAAACAUGACUAAGUACUUGGUGGCAAAACCCUUGUUGGCAAUCACAGAGGUCAGACGUUUCUUGUAGUUGGCCACCAGGUUUGCACACAUCUCAGGAGGGAUUUUGUCCCACUCCUCUUUGCAGAUCUUCUCCAAGUCAUUAAGGUUUCGAGGCUGACGUUUGGCAACUCGAACCUUCAGCUCCCUCCACAGAUUUUCUAUGGGAUUAAGGUCUGGAGACUGGCUAGGCCACUCCAGGACCUUAAUGUGCUUCUUGUUGAGCCACUCCUUUGUUGCCUUGCCUGUGUGUUUUGGGUCAUUGUCAUGCUGGAAUACCCAUCCACGACCCAUUUUCAAAGCCCUGGCUGAGGGAAGGAGGUUCUCACCCAAGAUUUGACGGUACAUGGCCCCGUCCAUUGUCCCUUUGAUGCGGUGAAGUUGUCCUGUCCCCUUAGCAGAAAAACACCCCCAAAGCAUAAUGUUUCCACCUCCAUGUUUGACAGUGGGGAUGCUGUUCUUGGGGUCAUAGGCAGCAUUCCUCCUCCUCCAAACACGGCGAGUUGAGUUGAUGCCAAAGAGCUCGAUUUUGGUCUCAUCUGACCACAACACUUUCACCCAGUUCUCCUCUGAAUCAUUCAGAUGUUCAUUGGUAAACUUCAAACGGGCCUGUAUAUGUGCUUUCUUGAGCAGGGGGACCUUGCGGGCGCUGCAGGAUUUCAGUCCUUCACGGCGUAGUGUGUUACCAAUUGUUUUCUUGGUGAAUAUGGUCCCAGCUGCCUUGAGAUCAUUGACAAGAUCCUCCCGUAUAGUUCUGGGCUGAUUCCUCACCGUUUUCAUGAUCAUUGCAACUCCACGAGGUGAGAUCUUGCAUGGAGCCCCAGGCCGAGGGAGAUUGACAGUUCUUUUGUGUUUCUUCCAUUUGCGAAUAAUCGCACCAACUGUUGUCACCUUCUCACCAAGCUGCUUGGCGAUGGUCUUGUAGCCCAUUCCAGCCUUGUGUAGGUCUACAAUCUUGUCCCUGACAUCCUUGGAGAGCUCUUUGGUCUUGGCCAUGGUGGAGAGUUAGGAAUCUGAUUGAUUGCUUCUGUGGACAGGUGUCUUUUAUACAGGUAACAAGCUGAGAUUAGGAGCACUCCCUUUAAGAGUGUGCUCCUAAUCUCAGUUCGUUACCUGUAUAAAAGACACCUGGGAGCCAGAAAUAUUUCUGAUUGAGAGGGGGUCAAAUACUUAUUUCCCUCAUUAAAAUGCAAAUCAAUUUAUAACAUUUUUGACAUGCGUUUUUCUGGAUUUUUGUUGUUGUUAUUCUGUCUCUCACUGUUCAAAUAAACCUACCAUUAAAAUUAUAGACUGAUAAUUUCUUUGUCAGUGGGCAAACGUAUAAUAUCAGCAGGGGAUCAAAUACUUUUUUCCCUCACUGUAUGCACAAACUGCAUGUUUGACAUUCUAGUGCAUGCUAUUUAUAGCCCAUUAAAUUUGAUAAGUGCUCCAGGGUUGGUGCCCCUUAGGCCACAUUUUGUUGCCAUACCAAGUCCCUGGAUGAUAUUUCACUGCCAUAAGCAUUUUCAGACAAAACAUAUUUUGAGUGGAAGUGUUUACUCUACUUGGUAAAACUGUAAUGUUAUGUGUGUGUCUGUGUGUAAUGUGUGUGUCUGUGUGUUCUAUCUCUCUCUAUGUGUGUGUGUGUGUGUAUGUUCUGCUCCCUCAGCUCAUGUCGAUAUGUGUCCUGGGGGUGGCUGCUUGGCUCAGGGACUACCUGAACACUGUGCUCACCUUGACGGCCCACACCAGGUGAGUGAUAUGGAUCUCAAUGUUGACACCUCUCAGUGGGCAGUGGGCAGGUACUGGGAGGGACAGGAGGGGGAUGACAGGGAGAAAGCGUGAGAGGAAGAUAAUUAGUAUAUAAACAAGAGAAGGAGAAUAGAGGAAGAAGGAGACUGAUAAAGAAAGCUGUUGGAUUUAUAUCUCACUUCCUCAAUAAAUCACCCCUACUCAUAACUGGCAACCUUUCCGCAAAUCAUCAACCUCAUAACUUUUUAAUUCAACUGUUUCUUAUCACCUAGGCCUGUCCACAGAUCACCAUCUCACCCCCACUGGCCCCUGACAGUAACUGCUGCGGUGGAGGAGAUCCACAUUCCUACAGAGUGUAAUCACUACAGAGUGUACUCUCCUACAGAGUGUACUCUCUCUCUCUCUCUCUCUCUCCUCUCUCUCUCUCUCUCUCUCUCUCUCUCUCCCCCCCCCCCCCCCCCCCCCUCUCUGUAGGCUGGAGGAAGCAGCAGUUCUCACGUAUUCCCCGGCUGUCCAUCCCGUCAUCAUUGCAGUGUGUUGUUUUCUUAUCAUCGUUGCCAUGGUGGGCUACUGCGGCACACUGAAAUGCAACCUUCUACUCCUGUCCUGGGUAUGUGUCUGAAUGAAAUGAACGUGUGUUUGCGUGUGUGUGUGUGUAUGUGUGUGUGUGGAAACUGUGAUGAGCUCGGUUUAGUUGGAGAAGCGGGUUGUAAUUGCUGUAGAUCUCGGUCUGGUUUUCUUUAGCUAUCGGUGUUAGUUACACAUUUAUACAACCUUGAAAUACAUGCACGCACGCACGCACGCAUGCACACACACACACACACACACACACACACACGCACACACACACACACACACAGUCAGCCCUCCCUAUCUAUCUCCAUGUGCUAUUGUCCCCAUCAUCUGUAACAGCCUGAUGUCCUCAGCAUCUCAAUAAAGUCAUAUUAUUGUACCCUCAUAAACCCUGGAACAGGCCUGUAAAUUCACCCAACAGCCACACAGUUGCGUAGUUCCACCGUUCAUACACCGGAGGGAAAUGCACUGAGAAUUCCCCCCUCGAUUUUACAGCCGUUACUCAUCCGAUGCAGCGCCACACGCUUAUGGGAUGAUGAAUGACCAUCGUGGUCUUGUGUUAGCGAACGCCCCCCUCGCGCGGGACUGUGUUCUGAGCGAGCUAGCGCCUGGUGCGGGGCUGUUGCUGGUGUGUAGCGGAAUGGUGCUCCCGUGGAUAAGUACCACUGUAUAACUAUUCACCGCUGCUGCUGUCUGAGCCUGCCAGAGUAAUGGUACCCUGGGCACUGAUGGAUGGCCAGAGAGAAAGAGGGGGAGAGAGAGAGAGAGAAAGAGGGAGCGAGAUGGACAGAUAAGGGUGUGAUUAUCUCAAUCACUCACCACUGUCAGUGCGGGACAACAAAAAGAGAGAAUGAAAGAGAAACAGGGAUGUAAAAGAAUAGGCAAAGAGGCGGAUUGAGUCAGAACAGGUGAAGGAGAGGGAGACAGCAUUAGAAACCGACUGAGGUACAGAAAAGGGAGAGAGAGAGACAGCGCCCCAAAAAAGCAAUUUCCAUUCAACCAUGCAUGCAGAUGACUAAACAAUGUAUCAUCUCUGUGCUUACAGAGCAUUUGCUACGGAGCAUUACUUUACUAUACAUGUGUUGCAUACAUAACACGUAUUUUCCCGUACAGAAGCAAUCGUGGCAGCACAAUGCACUAUUUCCAUUGACCAAUUGUGUCAUGCAUACUAAAACUAUAACAGGACAGGGUACAUGAUUAACCUACUCAUAUUCCUAUAGAGUGGAAGGGCAGAACAUUGGAGAGGGAAGGUGUGGCGCCUGUAUUGUGGCUCUAUCUCCCAGGUGUGCUGUGUGGGGAGACGGAGAGGGAGGGGGUUCCUCUGUCUGUCUGUCCCUAACCAAAGUGCCUGUAUUCUGGGUCUCCCUCACGCUUCCUCCACCCCUCCAUUGGGACUUCAUUCAUCCCUCUCUCCUUGCAACUCCAACCUGGCAUUCUUGUGUUUCGCUGGUGCACUACGGAGACAAUAUUAUCUCGGUUGAGAGGGACAAUGGGUAAUGCUAUCCCACCCGUCUCCGCCCGCUUAUGGAGAGGUGGCUGAGAGGGGUGAGUGGCGCUUGUGUUACCCACGCAACCAUUCACCAGCUGGGGGCAUCCCUUUCAGAGGAACGCCCCCCCACCGCCCCAACUCUGCCCACUUACCUGAAUAACCCCCCCCCCUUCAAUCAUGGCUGUGGUGGGCAAUUGAUGGUGCCUGGCUUUAAGCUCAGUUAAGCCCUUUAUAUGUAAUAGAUAGUAAUGUGUUUCUGUUGUGGACUAAGCUAGUGAGAAGCGUCAAAGUGUCCAUUUAGGGUCUCUGAGGGGCUGUUGGGAUGUUUGUAGAUGUUUACAUGCAUGCAGUGGUGUGUUGUGGGAUAGUGGGGUUAUGUUAGGGACGACUGCAGGGUCUUAAGUUGCUCUGAGAUGCUGUUCCACUGGACGCUUAGAAAGGUCGCUUAAAAAUAGGCCCUCCUUAAAGACGCCAAUUAAAUCCCCCUUAGCCUAAACUUAUACCUCUCCCCCUAUCGCCCUCUCGCUCUGUCGUUCCUCCACCUGUCUUCCUUCCUUCCCUCUCUUUCCCCCUCUUCCCUCUCUCGCCCUUGUGUACGUGUUAAUUGAGUAUCAGUGAGGGAAGGGAAACAUGCUGUAAGUCUCUCCACACAGGAGGAAAUCCAUUCUUGGAAGCUUUGACAUUCCAUUCAAACAACUGCAACCCUCCUCUAACCUCAGUGUGUGUGUGUGUGUGUGUGUGUGUGAGAGAGAGCUUCCCCCCUGAAAUGAAAUGUGUGAAACAUAACGAAAUGUCUCUGUGAGAAAGGUAAUACACUGAGUGCACAAAACAUUAAGAACACAUUCCGAAUAUUGAGUUGCACCCCCUUUGCCCUCAAUUCGUCGGGGCAUGGACUCUACAAGGUGUUGAAAGCUUUCCACAGGGCUCCUGGCCCAAGUUGACUCCAAUGCUUCCCACAGUUGUGUCAAGUUGGCUGGAUGUCCUUUGAGUGGUGGACCAUUCUUGAUACACACGGGAAACUGUUGAGUGUGAAAAACCCAACAGCGUUGCAGUUCUUGACAUACUCAAACCGGUGCGCUUGGCACCUACUACCAUACGCCGUUCAAAGCCACUUAAAUAUUUUGUCUUGCCCAUUCACCCUCUGAAUGGCACACAUACACAAUCCAUAUCUCAAUUGUCUCAAACUUAAAAAUCCUUCUUUAAUCUAUCUCCUCCCCUUCAUCUACACUGAUUGAAGUGGAUUUAACAAGUGACAUCAAUAAGGGAUCAUAGCUUUCACCUGGAUUCACCUGGUCAGUCUAUGUCAUGGAAAGAGCAUGUUAAUGUUUUGUACACUAAAGCUAGAAGGGGUCAAGGGAAGGUUCAUAGUCACUUCACACCUGGAAUUCGUCCUUGUAGAACAGUGAAGUAUUGAAGUACUGUUUGUGUAUGUUUUGGUAUGUGUGUGAAGGAGUGUGUUAGAGGGGGGUUCGAAGGGUGAAAAGGUCACGCUCUUACCUUCUUGAUAGAUAGUUGCAAUGAGAGAAGAAGACAGGGGAGAUGUUUUUGUAUGGUGAGAUCAGUUUCUGGGUGAGAGGUGUGAAUGUGUGUGUGUGUGUGUGUGUGUGUCUAUGUUGUUUUGGACUGGCCUUUUCUAAAUGGAGUGUAGCACUAACAAAGGCGAGGCAGAGCCAUCUGUCUGCCAAUAAUAUUUACACUCUCCAAACAAACAGGCUGUCAGACAUACCCUGUACCACUGACAUGGCCCUAAUAGAAUGGCUGACACACACAUUACUCUUCAUAACACCUUUGUGUGUGUUUGUCUGGUGUGUGUGAGGGUGUGUUUGUGUGUGUUUACAUGAAAGUAUUUUGUUGUUUUUAUGUGAAAUUGUGGAAAUAGGUGUGUGUGUGUGUGGAAAUAGGUGUGCGUGUGUAAUGUGUGUCAGUGUGUAUGUGCGUGUAUGUGACAUGAGUGGAACAGGCGUCUGGAGAUUGAAGAACAUGACAUCACUACUCAUUGUGUCUUUCUCCCACCAUCCACCAUGACGAUCAAUCACUCAGACAAGACACUACACAGUACAUCUCUGACUAGCCCUCUCUCUCUCUCUCUCUCUCUCUCUCUCCCCUCUCUCCUCUCUCCUCUCUCGCACUCUACUCCUCUCAUCUCCUCUCUCUCUCUCUCUCUCUCUCUCUCUCUCUCUCUCUCUCUCUCUCUCUCUCUCUCUCUCUCUCUCUAGUACUUUGGCAGUCUGUUGGUGAUCUUCUGUGUGGAGUUGGCCAGUGGGGUGUGGACGUAUGACGAGGUGAGUGCUGCACUACUUUUCUAUAUGCUAUAUUUCUCUGCUUUAGCUCUAUGCAGCAGCUCUGUGUGUAGUGGCUGUCCUUAUAGGCCUGUCUAUAUUUUGUGCUGUGCUAUGAAUAAACAUGAAUGCCAGUCAUGUCCGGCUCUACUCAGAGAGCUCGCCUCUUUCUUUGCUUACUGGGGCUGCCCAAUAAGCAACAUGGCCAGUGCAGGGCACAGGUCAAAGAGCACAGGGAAAUGGGACUGGUGCUAUAUAUGAACAAUCGAAAAAUCCAACUGAAAGAAAUGUCUCCAUAAAUUCCACAAUGUCCCUAAAGUGUCUUUGGGUGAAACCAGGUAUAAAACAGACCUAUAUAUGGCCCUCAAAGCCAGUUCCACUGCAUUUUUUCAUUGUUCCCCUCUAAUCAGGGAAUGAUUUAGACCUUGGACACCAGGUGGGUAUAAUUAAUUAUCAGGUAGAACAGAAAACCAGCAGGCUCCAGACCUCAUAGGGUAAGAGUUGAAUACCCCUGAGAUAGGGUAUAAUUGUGUCCUCCAUUCCCCUCCCUCCCCCAUUCCCCUCCUCCUCCUGCAUCCUCUCUUCCCUCUGCGUGGGGUGUGGAUGUUUGAAUACAAUGGGCCGGGCUCUCUAUUACAAUGGGCUCUCCCCUACAGGGCCUCCCUUCCCCUGGGCCAGGGGCUUUUCUCUCCACCAUGAAAGAGCCCACAGUGGCUUUGAUGUCCCCUCACAGCAGGUGGGAUUCGCUCUGAACGCGCAGGUGUGUGUGUUUGUGUGCGCGGAGCACCUGGUCACUGGCUAGAGCAGUGUGUAUGGCAAACUGAGAAAGGUGUGUGUGUGUUUGGUACUUGACUACAAGCCUGAGGAUGUGUGUGUGUAGCACUAGCACCUGGCCUUUGAGUCCACAGUGCCACCCGCCUCCCUCCUAAUCAUACCUGCCCUGCCGCAGGGGGUUGUGGGUAUUGUAGUCUUUGUGCCUUGUCCUUUAUCAGAAUCAUGCUAAGGCAGCACCAAGGUGAUGCACCUGGACCCAGGGAAAUUCCGGGUAACCUGGGUCGGAUUAUGCUUAUCACAAUCUCAUUACAAUACCAGAGGAGAGAGGGAUAAAGAGUGAAGGAGAGAGGAAGGAGGAGGGGAGGGAGGCCCAGGGGUGAGUUAGGGGGAGGUUUUAUUGGAGAGGAGAGGAGAGGAGAGGGGGAUGAGUUAUGCAUGCUAAGUGUGUCAGACUGUGGGUCUGCUGAACAGCUCUGGUCUGGUUCCCCAGAGCCCAGACAGGGGUAAUUGUUUAGACAACAAGCCGUUGUCAACCUCAGCAACUACAGACCGGAGUGUUGGAGGCCUGGGAAACACUAGAGGAGAGAGUCAGAAGUUGUGUGUUUGAAAAUAUUUGGGGCAUGGUCAGAGGAUUGGACUAUAUAACUAGGCUUGAAAUAGAGAGCUGGUAGCUAAAUAUACACCACUGUGACUGUUGCUCCAAUAUGGUUUCAGGGCUUUCUGUUGAGUGCCUUGUGACAAUAAUACAUGAGCUGUACAUGAAAUGUUAAUGUAGCUAUACUGAAUGAAAUGGAGUUUAGGGCUGACCCCAUUUAGUCGACUGGUCGAUGGUUUGGUCAAUAGGCUGUUGGUCGACCGAGAUUUCUUUAGACGAGCAGUAGCAAAAAUAAAAUAAAAUAUAAUGGUGUACAAGACACCUGUCUGAUUCGCGCCUGUCUGAGUGGACUGAUCCAUUGUGGAGGCCAUGGGGAUGGCACAGUCCAUCACUCUAAGACGUGCUACUGAAAUUGUAUAUGGUUAUAUUACGUAGGAACAAUGGUGCAACACAAAUAAAAAUUAUAUUAUUUUAUAACAGAUGCGCUUUCUCCCGCGUUGGAUAGCGGUCGCUGUUCCCGGUUCUGAAACACAUCAGUGCGCUGUUGAAUUGGUGCCUUAUCCUAGACCAUGUCGCUAUGUGCAUAGUAGCAAAGUUAACCAGCAUAUUGGUGUUGAGAACAAUGCUGUGAAGGCAGCAGCGGAGUUAGGAGAUGAGAAAACAGCCAUUGCCUUAAUUGUCUAAGAAAAGUGAGGAGAGAGGAAACCCCAACUUAAUUAGGUCUAUAAUCAAUAGCCGUUAUAAUAGGCUUUAUAAAUCAUCCAAAUAUAUCUACAGAAAUAAGACAGAUCCUGCUUCUCUUGCCUGUUUGAGUGUUUGUGUAAUAGCCUACUAAUUCUGUGAGCACCAAGCCUCCGUGAGCACCAACCACAACAUGUCGGAUAAACAAUUUCACAAAUUCGGCUGUUUUUAAUCUUUGCUAUGAUGUAAUAAAAGCUUUAUACAUUUUUCCGUUAGAUCAGCCUCUCUGGUAUUACUUAUAAUUUAUUUAGUGUUGUUUACACUGUUUCAAAUUGUCCGAUUGUUAUUUAUUUAUAAUAAUAAUGAUAACCCUCCUUUUUCUCGAUCUCCUUUUUAUUGUUAUUAUUACUAUUAGUAUUAUUAUGAUCAUUAUUAUAAUAAUAAGUAAUGUCAUUAUCAUUAGUAGGCUUAGUAUAGGAACCUUAUAUAACCACCAUCGAGCUGUAGGCCUAAGAGCGCAUCCUGUUUAGUCUUAAUACCGUAACUUACUUAGGCCUAUAUUUCAAUACUUACUAUAGUACUAUAGUAAGUAUUGAAAGCUAUAGUACUGUAUACAUCAAUCAUUCAUUCAUUCAUGUCAUCACACAGCAUAUGAGUCAUUCAUGAUUUGAAAUGCAAUCAAGCAUUUUAAUUUUAAAAUCAAAUAACAAAGUGACCCUUGAAUAAUUUGCGUAAACAAUAAAUAAACUGCUCCAUUUUGGAAAUUGCAUUCACAAAUUAAUGUGACUGGUUUUAGUCUUUGCUGUAAUAAAUGCAAAAACAAAAAAAACAAAAAAAACAUUACAACAGACUCUGGUAUGCUUAUCAUUUAUUUAGUGUUGUUUACAUUGUUCCAAACGGUCAGAGAAAUUAUAUUGUAAUCUAACAGCUCCUGUUUGGCACACGUAAUAUGCUCACAGCGCUUGCUCCUUACCUUAUUUUUCUUGAUCUCCAGUAUUUUCCACAACUAGUCCAAUUUAUUCCACACAUCUGACUUCCCCUUUACCUCCUGAGCAACCAGUAAACAUUCCCCUGCUUCGAGUUUAUUUGUCACGUCCUCUGCAUCCAUUUUGCUGUUACGGGGUUCUGAGUUUGUUAUAACCAAUUUGUGGAUGUGAUUAUGAUAUGCUAUAGGUCAUGCGAUGCAUACAGUGAGGGAAAAAAGUAUUUCAUCCCCUGCUGAUUUUGUACGUUUGCCCACUGACAAAGAAAUGAUCAGUCUAUAAUUUUAAUGGUAGGAUUAUUUGAACAGUGAGCGACAGAAUAACAACAACAAAAAUCCAGAAAAACGCAUGUCAAAAAUGUUAUAAAUUGAUAUGCAUUUUAAUGAGGGAAAAAAGUAUUUGACGCCCUCUCAAUCAGAAAGAUUUCUGUCUCCCAGGUGUCUUUUAUACAGGUAACGAUCUGAGAUUAGGAGCACACUCUUAAAGGGAGUGCUCCUAAUCUCAGCUUGUUACCUGUAUAAAAGACACCUGUCCACAGAAGCAAUCAAUCAAUCAGAUUCCAAACUCUCCACCAUGGCCAAGACCAAAGAGCUAUCCAAGGAUGUCAGGGACAAGAUUGUAGACCUACACAAGGCUCGAAUGGGCUACAAGACCAUCGCCAAGCAGCUUGGUGAGAAGGUGACAACAGUUGGUGCGAUUAUUCGCAAAUGGAAGAAACACAAAAUAACUGUCAAGCUCCCUCGGCCUGGGGCUCCAUGCAAGAUCUCACCUCGUGGAGUUGCAAUGAUCAUAAAAACGGUGAGGAAUCAGCCCAGAACUAUACGGGAGGAUCUUGUCAAUGAUCUCAAGGCAGCUGGGACCGUAGUCACCAAGAAAACAAUUGGUAACACACUACGCCGUGAAGUACUGAAAUCCUGCAGCCCCCGCAAGGUCCCCCUGCUCAAGAAAGCACAUAUACAGGCCCGUUUGAAGUUUGCCAAUGAACAUCUGAAUGAUUCAGAGGAGAACUGGGUGAAAGUGUUGUGGUCAGAUGAGACCAAAAUCGAGCUCUUUGGCAACAACGCAACUCGCCGUGUUUGGAGGAGGAGGAAUGCUGCCUAUGACCCCAAGAACACCAUCCCCACCGUCAAACAUGGAGGUGGAAACAUUAUGCUUUGGGGGUGUUUUUCUGCUGAGGGAUCAAAGGGACGAUGGACGGGGCCAUGUACCGUCAAAUCUUGGGUGAGAACCUCCUUCCCUCAGCCAGGGCAUUGAAAAUGGGUCGUGGAUGGGUAUUCCAGCAUGACAAUGACCCAAAACACAUGGCCAAGGCAACAAAGGAGUGGCUCAAGAAGAAGCACAUUAAGGUCCUGGAGUGGCCUAGCAAGUCUCCAGAACUUAAUUCCAUAGAAAAUCUGUGGAGGGAGCUGAAGGUUCGAGUUGGCAAAUGUCAGCCUCGAAACCUUAAUGACUUGGAGAAGAUCUGCAAAGAGAAGUGGAACAAAAUCCCUCUUGAGAUGUGUGCAAACCUGGUGGCCAACUACAAGAAACGUCUGACCUCUGUGAUUGCCAACAAGGGUUUUGCCACCAAGUAACAAGUCAUGUUUUGCUGAGGGGUCAAAUACUUAUUUCCCUCAUUAAAAUGCAAAUCAAUUUAUAACAUUGUCGACAUACGUUUUUUCUGGAUUUUGUUGUUGUUAUUCUGUCUCUCACUGUUCAAAUAAACCUACCAUUACAAUUAUAGACUGAUCAUGUCUUUGUCAGUGGCCAAACGUACAAAAUCAGCAGGGGAUCAAAUACUUUUUUCCCUCACUGUACAUGUGUCACAUAAAGAGAGCAAGGGUUGAGGGAAUAGGGAAUGUUUUUCCUAAACACAUUAGGGAUUUCGAUAACAGAACUUUUCAGUCAGAAAUGGCUGUAAUUAUGUUGCAGCUUCAGCAACACGGACAGCGCGAUAAACACUGUUGAUGUUAUGUGGUGGUCGCUGAAGCAGGGAGGAGAGAGAGUCAACGGGUGCUAGUCACAGUCACUCACUGUCUUUUUUUUUUAACACAGCGCAGCAAGUCUGAGUCUGGCCUGGCACAAUCCAAUCACUUGCGGUUGGACUCCCUCUAGUCAUUUGUGUGGCUUAAUUAUUUCAUCAAACAUUGUGCUUAAAGCAUCAGACAAGCUCACUGCAUAUGGUUGAUUUGAUGAAAACACAUAGGAUGUGUCUAUAUAUGGAAAAAUACACGUUUGAAAAUGUCAACCAAUCGAUUGGUUGAAAGAACAGACGACUCUCGGUCGACCAAGAUUGUAUUUAGUUGGGGACAGCUCUAAUGGAGUUACACUGUUGUGUUCUGUCCAAGCCCUCAGUUCAGAGGUCAGAUAUGAUCAGUCUGAAGUCCAGGAUGCCCAACUAUGGCCUGCAGCAUUACCAGUGGCUAACACACACCUGGAACACCUUCCAGACUGAGGUGAGAGGUCACCAUCCCAGAGGUCACACACAUCCUACACAAAUACAUGUAAUGGUUUUAUAUCAUAACCCAAGAGGAACAUUUAAAUGUGAGAGGUUAUGAGUGUGAUUUAGUGCGUUGAAUAUGCAAGACUGCUAGUUAUAAAGGGUUAUUAAUGUAUGGACACUUUCUUUGACUGUGUGUUCCCCAGUUUAAGUGCUGUGGGGUCAUCUACUUCACUGAUUGGCUGGAGAUGACAGAGAUGGAGUGGCCACCAGACUCCUGCUGCGCCAAUCAGUAUCCAGGAUGUGCUCGCCACGCCCACUACCGUGACCUCAGUGACCUUCACCAAGAGGUGAGUGCCCCCAGGAGUGCCCCAGUGACCUCAUAGUAAGUGUUAGGUGGUGGCUUGACCUCUGGUGACCUGUUCACCUACUGACCCUCUGACCCUACCCUGAAAAGUGUUAGGAUCAUUACGGCUCUCUGUAGCCCCUGUGACGUCAUCAGAAAGGGACACACAGGCUUACGGAUUCCCAUUCACCUACUGAAGAGACAGAAACAAUAACAAUAAACUUUUUGAAAUAGGCUACUGACAUUCUGAAUGGAGUGGAGAUGAUUUUCUUGGAGUUGGAGUUUUCCAUUUAAUACAUUCACAACAACCUGUUUCCAAUGGUAGGACUAUUUGCUGCCUGAAAUGACCUGCCGUGUUCAAUUGUGGAGAGAAAUCCAUACAACUCAAUUAGAGCCAAUCACAGGCUUGAUAGCAUAGUGUGCCUUCUGGCUGCUGCGGUUGCCAAAUUGUUGAGACAGAGUGCAGCUAUUACGCCUCAUCAAGCCCACCAGGGGACAAGGUAUGCUGCUGUCUGGGGCUGAGGGGAACACACACACAAAGUCUAGUAGGGGGCGAGGUAUGCCAAGCAAUGCCAACUAGCCUGCCAGUAGGAUACAAAGAAAAUAAAAAAGCAAACUUUCACACUAGAGUCUCUCUCUAUAUCUAUCUCUAUUUUAAUUUCUCUCCUUUCUCUCACACACAAACACGUAGGCAGGCAGGUAGGCAGGUAGGUAGGUAGGUAGGCAGACAGGCAAACAGGCAGGCAGACAGGCAGACAGGUAGGUAGGUAGGUAGGUAGGUAGGCAGGCAAACAGGCAGGCAGGCAGGCAGACAGGUAGGUAGGCAGGCAAACAGGCAGGCAGGUAGGUAGGCAGGCAGGCAGGCCGGCAGGCAGGCAGGCAGGCAGGCAGGCAGGCAGACAGGUAUGUAGGGCCGCACACACUCAGUCUUCUAUCCCCUAGAGGGAAACACCCUGAUCUCUCCAUCUACAGUUCAAUCACUGUCUUGAUCUAACCCCAAACCAACCUCGUCUCCUAUCCCAUGUCUGACCAUCUCCACUUCAGCAUGUCUGUCUGCUGUGUUUAGUCAACACUGUUAAUCCCCUAGCCUUAGCAACAGUUCCCCUGGCCAUAGCAACAGUUCCUCUCCCCAUGGUCCAGGCCAAGUGGUGUGGCUCUAGCAGGGUUCUAGCAGGCCCGCUGUGCCUGGUGCAGACUGCCAGGCUGCCAUUGUCACCUGGGUGAGAGGUGCUGGGUGAGCAGGCUGUUCCUGCCUGACAAACACACCUGGAGAGAGGGGAGGUUGUGACAGUGGGAAAAGAGAGGGAAAUGGGGGUGGGGGAAAGGGAAAGGGGGGAGGAGGUAAAGAGAGAGUCGAUACAGGAAAAGGGGGAGAGAGAGGGAGGGCGAGAGAGAGGCUACUAAUUGUGUUAAAUGUAAACUCUGAGGGGUUCUUAUAAAUGGGGUGUGUGUGCUGCUACUGCCACGCCUCACUAUGUAGAACCAGGCAGAGGGACAAAGAGAUGGUGUGUGUGGGUGUGUGUGUGUGUGUGUGUGUGUGUGUGUGUGUGUGUGUGUGUGUGUGUGUGUGUGUAGUGAGGAUGAGUCAGUUAGUCAGUCAGUCAGCAGAGGAGGGAGUCAAGGGGAAUGUGUGAAGGAGUGGAGGAUCCUUUCAAUCUCCUGUCUGUUUUCUCUCUCUUUCUUUAUACCAGACUCUCUCCCCCACGUUUACUUCCCUUUCUCCACAGGACUUUCCUUUCCUCCCACCUCUCCCUCUCUCUCUCUCUCUCUCUCUCUGGCAACAGUAAGGUGUAGAGUAGCUCAGUCUGGUAUGUAGCACCACAGAGUGAAUAUCCCCCAGUCAGGAAGUAAUAGACUGGCCUUUCUACACCUCCACUCCUACUCCCUCUCUUUCCACACUUCUCAACCGUCUUCCUCUCUUUCUCGCUCUCUCUCUCCCUCUGUUUCUUUCUCUCCAUGUACAUGUUAUCCUGUCACGCCCUGGCUCUGGGGACUCUUAAAUGUUGAGCCAGGGUGUGGAUUUUUCCUUGUUUAGUUUUCUAGGUUUGUCGUUCUAGAUCGUGUAUUUCUAUGUUGGCCAGGGUGGUUCCCAAUCAGAGACAGCUGUAGCUCGUUGUCUCUGAUUGGGAACCAUACUUAGGCAGCCUGUUGGCAUGUUACGUUGUGGGAUCUUGUUCCGAAAGGUUUGUGUUGUAACCUAGGACUUCACGUAUCGUUUGGUUUGUUGUUUUGUUUUGUGUGCAGUACGGCAAAUAAAAUGUACGCUUAUCACGCUGCGCCUUGGUCCGCUUCAUCUAUCGACGAACGUGACAUAUCCAUGUGAUAGGAUGAGAGAGUGUUUUCAUUUUGUUCCUACAGCAGAUGUACAGCUCACAGACUCAGUAUGGUUGGUCUGCCCCUGGCGAGACAGACAGACUGAAACAUUUACACAACGUUAAUAUUACAUGAAUGUAACAUUAAUAUAACAUGGAUCAAACGUAUGCCAUGUUUCAACAUGAAAAAGCUUAAGUUCUCAAAAUGACAAGCCCUUAUUGUGCUCCUGUGUGUGUGUGUGCGUGUGUGUGUGCGUGUGUGUGUGUGUGUGUGUGUACUACAGGGCUGCGGGCCGAAGAUCUACAGUUUCAUCCGGGGGACUAAGCAGCUACAGGUGCUGCGUUUCCUGGGUGUGUCUAUAGGAGUGGCCCAGAUCCUGGCCAUGACCCUGACCCUAACCCUGCUCUGGGCCCUCUACUAUGACCGCAAGCCCCCCGAGCCCACCCUGCCCGACCCCCACCCAAGAACCGACCCUGGACCUCUAACCAUCACUCACGGACCCCCAGGGGAGGCUCGUAAAUCGGGUAUCACUCACCCGGCUGAGGCCUGGUCCAAUACCGCGACCACGUCUAACGGACAUGGACACACCCAGUUUGAGAUGGAGAGGCUGUCCUAGUGGGGGGUACACUGUCCACCCCUCUGCCCUUCACACCACCCCUCACCCCUACUUCACAGUAGAAUCAGGGGAUUAGGAAAAAGUGUGAGACUGGAUGGGGGGAGAGAUGGGGGUUGAGAAAAAGAGGGUAAGAGACAUGAGAAAGAUUGGGCACAGGUGCAGGAGAGUGAAUGCACCUCAUGCCCCCCCUCUCUUUUCCUUUAGGACUACAUGACAAUGAUACUGGACGGUGGGACUUUUUAGGACUAUUUUGUCACAGAUGGGAUUGGAAAUUGUCACGGAAACGAAAGACCUCUAUGUCGAGGCUUGCUCCUGUAGCGUCACCACUAUCCGAAAGUGAGAAUGGGAGGGAAUCGUUUUAGUUUUCCCAACAUUCCUCCUCCUCUUUGAGUAUGUUUGGGAAUAUCACCACUAGCACUGACUGGAUGAAACCGGUUCACCAAUGACUGCUGUAAGGACAUGUCAACUCUUCAUCUCACUCAAAACACACCGAACCAAGGAAAUUUAGUUUAUCUGGACAUUUGGAAAUAUCAUAUGUCUUAAUUUCACAGACUUGUUGAAAUCCACAAGAACCACUCAGCCAUGUUAAUGAACGUUUGUGCACCAGUCAGAGUGUAUUAUUGUUGUCUACUAUAAAUGGAACAUGAUGUUGGCUAUUUAUCUCUGGCUCUGUGAGAAUAAUGCAUUUCAGCUCAAAGAAUAAUCUUUGCAUUUGAUCAUGUUUGCCAAGGAAUAUUAACAUAACCAAGUGUUUGAUACAGAUAUCAUUGUCAGCAUGACACACUUAGGGACAAAAAAUAAAAUGUUCUUUAAUCUCCACACAGCAGGUAUCAUACAUUUGAAGUGAACAUAAUUAAUUCUGGGAGAACUAUGAGAAUGAUAUGUGGGAGAGUAUGGUCUUUCAUUCUGAAAUAACAUACCCUGCUUUCAGUGGAGGCUGCUGAGGGG